AUGAUCCCUUUCACGGCCCUACUCUGUCUGGGGCUGAGUAUGGGCGCCAGAACCUCCAUGAAGGCAGGGACCCUGCCCAGACCCACCCUCUGGGCUGAGCCAGGCUCUGUGAUCCCCAAGAGGAGCCCCGUGACCCUCUGGUGUCAGGGGUUCCCGGGGGCCCAGCACUUCCAUCUGUUUGGAGAGAAAAAGGUAUUGAACCUGAACAAAACCAUGUCCCCGGGUCCCCAGAACAAGGCCACAUUCACCAUCUCCAGCAUGACGUCAUUUAGGACCGGGAAUUACCGCUGUCAGUAUGAGAGAGGGGGGCUGCGGUCAGAGCUCAGUGAGCCCGUUGAGCUGGUGGCCACAGGAUAUCACAGAAAACCUUCCCUUUCUGUCCUGCCGAGCCCUGUCGUGACCUCAGGGGGGACCGUGACCCUCAGGUGUAUGGCCCGUGAGGGAUUCAAGGCAUUCAUUCUGAUUCAGGAGGGAGAACGCAGGCCCCCACGAACCCUUGAGUCACAGAGGAGCACCAGUAGGCGGGAGCACCAGGCCCUGUUCUUAGUGGGGCCCGUGACCCCCGGCCGCAGCUGGACGUUCAGGUGUUAUGGCUAUUAUGCCUACAAUCCUCAGGAGUGGUCUGAGCCCAGUGACCCCCUGCAGCUCCAAGUUUCAGAACCCUCUGUGGUCACCAGAGCCCUAGCUACAGCACCGAGGCUUCGCAUGGAUCACAGCAGGUCUGAGUGGGGAGACGACAUGACCCCUCUCACUGCCCUGCUCUUUCUAGGGCUGAGUGUGGGUGCCAGGACCCCCGUGCAGGCAGGGACCCUGCCCAGACCCACCCUCUGGGCUGAGCCAGGCUCUGUGAUCCUCAAGAGGAGUCCCGUGACCCUGUGGUGUCAGGGGUUCCCGGGGGCCCAGCACUUCCGUCUGUUAGGAGAGACAAGCGAAUCGAGCCUGGACGAAACCAUGUCCCCGGGUCCCCAGAACAAGGCCACAUUCACCAUCUCCAGCAUGACGACAUUUAACACUGGGAAUUACCGCUGUCAGUAUGAGAGAGGGGGGCUGCGGUCAGAGCUCAGUGAGCCCGUUGAGCUGGUGGCCACAGGAUAUCACGGAAAACCGUCCCUUUCUGCCCUGCCGAGCCCUGUCGUGACCUCAGGGGGGAACGUGACCCUCAGGUGUAUGGCCCCUGAGGCAUUCAAGGCAUUAAUUCUGAUUCAGGAGGGAGAACCCGGGCGCCCACGCACCCUUGAUUUACAGAGGAGCACCAGUGGGCAGGUCCAGGCCUUGUUCUCAGUGGGGCCUGUGACCUCCGGCCGCAGCUGGACGUUCAGAUGUUAUGGCUAUUAUGCCUACAAUCCUCAAGAGUGGUCAGAGCCCAGUGACGCCCUGCAGCUCCGAGUUUCAGGUGAAAAUCCUGCACCCCACCCCUCAGAGCUCAGCCAAAACAAGGCCACAUUCUCCAUCUCCAGCAUGACAACAUUUAACACCGGGAGUUACCGCUGUCAGUAUGAGAGGGGAGAGCUGCGGUCAGAGUUCAGUGAGCCCGUGGAGCUUGUGGUCACAGAACCCUCUGUGGUCACCAGAGUCCCAGCUACAACACCUAGGCUUCGCAUGGGGAGUUACCGCUGUCAGUAUGAGAGGGGGGGGCUGAGGUCAGAGCUCAGCGAGCCCAUGGUGCUGGUGGUCACAGGAACAGCUCCCACUACAAGACCAGCCCAGAACAAGACGAAAUCCAAGCUCGCCCAAACCUCCCUGCCCCGGGACCACACAGUGGAGAAUCUCCUGAGGUUGGGCGCUGCGGGCUUCAUCCUGCUGGUCCUCGGAAUUCUGCUUCUGGAGGCUCAGCACAGUCUGAGGAGACCUGAGGCCGCCAGCCACUGA